AUGGUUUUUGAGGUCGCGAUCAUUGGGGCUGGCCUGGGUGGCCCUGCCCUUGCUCUAGAACUGCUUGAAGUGCCAAAUGUCAAAUGCACUAUCUACGAGCUCCGAGGUGAGGGAUAUGAACAAGGUCAACAUAUUUCUCUAGCUCCCAAUGCGCUACGCGUGCUGGAAAAUAUCGGAAUCCUCGAGAAACUGCAGAAAAUGGGAAACAGCUACGAAGAUCUUCACCUACGCAAUGCUAGUGGUGCACAGAUUGUAACAUUUCACAACGGCAACAAGGAUGGUUACGGAUUCAGUGCAAUGAGAAUCCAUCGCCACCACGUUCAAAGGGUCUUGAUCGAAGCAUGCCAGGCGAAAGGUGUCAGUAUUCGCCAUGGCAUGAAGAUUCAAGGUAUCAGUGAGGACUCAUCAAGUGACGAGGUGGAAUUGACCUUCGCCAAUGGUGAGACUGCGUACGCAAGUUUUGUCGUUGGGGCAGAUGGAUUGCAUUCGAUUGUCAGAGAACAUGUUGUAAAGGAAUCGACCUCCAUUUAUGCACAUAUGAUAGGCGUAACUGGUUACCUGCAGAAACGCCAGUUACAUCCAUCGGCCAACUCAAUUGGGCUCCCUUCACAUUUCAUAGGUCAUAAUGGUUUCAUCGCCAUCAUGCCAUCAGAUGUGUCGGGUAAUGAAAUCGGUUUCUUCUCGACUAUGGACUUCGGAGAAGAGAGGUCGAAGCAAGAGUGGGAUGAAUUAUUCAAAAACAAGGACGCAAUCAGGUCCAUCCUCCGUGAACGCUUCUGCAAAGAAAAUGGGUGGUGUGAGCUGGUAGAUUCCCUGUGCAAGAGUGUUGGGUCUGAUACCUUGUGCUCCUGGCCAUUCUAUAUUGCGCCUCAGCUGCCAACUUGGAGCACCCAAAGCGGUCGUGUUCUCGUGAUUGGUGAUGCAGCACAUGCCAUGAUCCCAACAGGUGGAUUGGGCGCGUCGUUAGCAUUUGAAGAUGCAGAAUGUCUUGCUCUGACGUUCCGACGACUAGGUCGGUCAAACUUUGAUUUGGAUGCGGCACCGAAGUUACUCAAAGUAUGGGAAGGGCAUAGAAAGCAGAGAUUGGCUCUUAUACAAGACUUUACGAACAAAAACAGGCGAUUAAGGCAACCGGGUGGAAGUCGAUUUUCACAAUAUCUAAAGGAGUGGGCUAUUUGGCUUUUCUUCUUGUUCAUCGGAAAGGGUGGGCAAGCGGAAGAAAUAUACAGAUACGAUACGGCGACGUUCCAGCAGCUUUUGUAG